UAUGGAAUGACGGUAAGAAAUAAUAUGCAGGCGUUGCUUAUCAUACGUUGGAUUGGUGUCGUGCCGCCGCCAGUGCGAGUAAAAGUCGCUGCAGAAUCAGAUCAGCUGUAAAUAAAACAAAAGUGCAAGCAAUAAAAACGAAGCUGAACAAUCAGCAUUGAUUCACAACAAAGCGUACAGCUUUAAGUCUAUUCGGACAGUGUGCAAUGAACUGUGGGGAUUAAAACAAAGCUAAAGCUAAAGCGCGCACAGUAAAUCAAAAAAUAUACAGCGACUAGCAACAGUUGGUUGCCAAAAAUGUCUGGAGUGGAAAGGGAAGUGGAAUUACAGCAGCUGUUGGAAGUGCUGCCAAAGACAGAGCAGCAACUACUAGAGGUCUUUAUAAAAAGUCUCAGAGGUCAUGGCACACAGGCGUAUAGCGAACGAGUGCAGGCAUUGCUGAUCAGCUUGCCAUAUCCAAUAUUACAAAUACUGCAAAAGCUAUAUGAGCAGUACAAAUUCCAAGUGGGUCGCAUUAUAUCUGCGGCGCUGAAACAAAUGUUGGAGGAUGACGCAUGCAACAUCGACAGCAACUCCUCAAGUCACGCCGCUUUUAUCAGUGUUUUGGCAAAUUUUCCUACACCAAUAUUGGAAGCUAAUACCCUGCAGCGGAAGAUUACGGAUUGCCUUUCAAGCGUUAAUUAUAGCAACAAUGAACAUAUUAUGUUGGCGCUGGUGGCGCGUCAAGAUGCGCAGCUUUUGCAGAUGGUGUUGCAAGCACAACAGGAGGCGCAUCUAAGUGGCAAGGAAGUGGCCCUCAGCAAGCAGCUUGUGCUGCAUUUGGCUUUAGAUAAAAGAGAGCACUUUGUGCCUAGAUUAUGCCAACAGCUAAAGAGCUUUGAUUGCAUAGAAGAUGCCGCAUUGAAGAACCAUUUGUUAAUUUUGCGUUUGGCCAAUGAGUUUGCCGUAGGCAGUCAGACUCUGAACGAGCUGGAUGAGCUGGAGCCUACGCUUGCUGCAUUUGAUUUAGCUGCUGCACCUGAAGAACUGCAAGAAGUGCAACAGUUUUUCCAUGCAGACUUUCAACGUCUCAAUGUUUUAAUUAAAUUUCUGCAGCAGUUUAGCGAUACAUAUAAAGGCAUCAAAGUAGACGCUUUGCUGCGCACGCCAGGCGUCUUAACGCUGCUCUAUGAACAGCACAUCGAAUGUGAUAACGAGCUAACACAAGAAUUAAUAGAAAGCUGCUACAAGUGGCAACAACAGACGCCAACUCUGAAGUGUGUGCGCAAUGAGGAGCUGCUAACUUUGAGCUAUUAUUCAGCCUUAUGCCUGGUAUAUGAUUUGAUACUGGAACGCCACACGCAGUCGCUGCGAUCGCAAUUAUCAAUCCUCUCUGCGCAGCUGCGUCAGCUACAUGAGCUAAGCACAUUCUGUGCACUGCUAGAGGACAUAUUUCAAUUGGUUUUCAUGCGCUGGGAGCAGCUAGAAAGCCACAACAAUUCUAAGGCUGCCGCUGAAGACGAUGACGAUGAACAGUAUGUGGAUGACGAUGCCACGCCACCACGCUUGGAGCCACACAAUGCCCAACGCACGGGCAAACCACGUGCUGGUUUUAUCUGUCGCGCACCCGUACUUUAUGCUUUAUUCACUUAUCUCAAAAGUGUGGUUACCAAAAAGCUGCACACACAGGACUACAAAUGCGCCGCAGAAGAGCAACAGCGUCGGUUUCAACGCCUUGUGGAUGCCAUUAGCGAGGCUCUGUGGAAAUAUAGUGUGCUGCAGAAGAUUGACCAAACGCUGAGCAAAGCCACACCAUCCUUGAGUUGUCAAUUGCAACCGGAGCAGCUGCUGCAGUUGGUGCAACCGCAUAGCCAUGCAAACGAGAAAGCCUCCAGUGAUGAUGAGAGUCGUGAGCGUUGCUAUCAUGCUUCAAGCCUCACGCGACGCAAGUCACGGCGACAACGACGUGCCGCCAGCUUUAGUGGCGCUGCCAGCACUUCCAAAGCAGAUAUGCAUACCCUGGAGCAGUGUCGUGCACGUGCGCAGCAAUUGUUGCAAAAUGGUGGAACAAAAGCAGAGGCUGAGGCCUCGCUAGUUGAAGCACCAGCAGCGGAACGUUCAAUCAUACCCAAAAUGCUGAGCACUCCUGAGCAGCUCGCCAUUAUGGCAUUGGCUUUGAAGAACUUUGAUGAUGUCAAGUAUAUCAUAGAGACUUUCCAUCUGGAGCACAGUCAGCUGAGUCGUGAGCUACAAUUUAUGGAGCAUCAGCAGCAGAUUAAACAAAAGCUGGCAACUAUCUAUGCCAACUAUGAGGUCUUGGCGGGUGAAACCAAUGCAGCCAGCAGCAGCAACACCAGCACAGUGGAGCAAAUCAAACGUGUGGCAGCUAAAGGAUUCGAACUUUCUAAAAUCAUCAGCGUGGUGGACAACUUUGCGCAGAGUCAAAAGCUGCAACAAAGCGAAGAGUUCAAGACGCUGCUGCAACGUUACAGCAACAAUGCGCAGCAUGCGUAUCUGCAACAAUUUGAGGAACGUAACUUGAAUGCGCUUAUAUUAUGCGACUUGAUAAUCAAUCUCAAAUUUAAUCGCGAAAUAACGAGCAAUAUAUUGUUGAUUAUAAAGCGACAGCAGCAGCAGCAACAGCAGCUGCAGCAGCCAGAAACACCACAUGCGCCGGCUAAUACAAGUGAGCGUGAGAUAGGAGCAAUGCACUUGCUACAAAAUCUGUGCCACUGCAUGCGAUUACUGGAGACUGCUGGCCGCAAGCCUGCGUUGAAUGAACUGCUUUAUCGCCACAGCUACCCGCUGCGACCUGCAGCGCUGGCCUUGCAACUGCAACGUGAGGCGGCCUUUAAUACGAUAUACGCCAAGACUAGCGCAGACUAUGCACACUUGCCUGAGCUACGCUCACAUGCCACGCACUUUCAACAGCUCAAGUCGCGCUUUAAUUACUACACACGCUUUUGUAGCUACUUGCAACAACUCUCUCGACUGUUGCAGCUGCGUGCUGCUAAUGUAACAUAUUCCAACACCGAACUAUUGCACUAUGAUCCUUAUCAAAUCAUAGGCGAACUUUUAUACGACUGCAACAUUACACCGCUGGAGCUGGAAAGUCAUGUGUCUGCCUUGCAGCUCAAUUUGGUGCAUGUUAUUGCAUUGAAUAUAUGUCCACAGCUAGCACCAAGCAUGGUUGCGCCUGUAAAGCGUCGCUUGUUGCAGCCACAAAAGCAGGCCAGCAUACACAACUAUUUAGUGCAACAUAAUUUGCUUUUAGCGCAGCUGCUGCAGGCCUUACAACUGGGAGACUUACCACCCAACGAAGAGUCGAGCUUGAACUUUAGUUUCUUACGUCAGCUUAUGCAGUUGCCUGAAAUGUCCACAUUGUGCUUGAUGCACGAGGAGAAUCUUGUGCUGACAGCUCUGCAUGCUUACAGGUUGGACUUUGAAUGCUUGGAACGCUUGCAACUGCCAAAGGAGUUGCAGUUGCGCAUACUGCUCUUGGGCAUGUGUGGUCAAACAGAGACCGCUGCGCAACUGCACGCACGCAUAGAUGGCUUAAUAAGCGCUCUAAUUGUGGAGGAUGCAAAGCACAUACAACUUGUGGCACAUAUGCAUGACUUGGCGGCACGUGCGCGUUUCUUGCAACAACAUUUUACAAAAAUCUCCAGCAGUCAACUGGCAAAGGAGUUGAUUGAACGCACUUUGCAACAUCGCGAUGCAGCCCAACAGAUAAAUCCGCAGUUGUGUCAGGAGCUGGAGCACACGCUUAGCGAUAUUUCUAUAUAUGCUAGCGUAUCAACGCUGUUGCAAUUUGAAAGCUGGCCACAGGCGUACGAUUUCGGACGUCAAACUCCAAAUGUAAUCUUUGAGCAGCUGCUGCAAGGACAACACUACGAGCUGUGCUACAAUUGGUGCGGCGUCGUGCAAUUGGCGCAAUCGACGGCUCAGCAGCGCACGUGUCUGCAAACGCUUUUGGAGGCACUACUGGAACUAAGCGAUGAUCAUGUUUUGGAUGUGCAUCUGCUGCGCAUAGCGGAGCUGUUUCCAGCUGCAGUGUUGGUCAACUUUCUGGACACACACAAGGAUAAGCUGCGCUCAUUGGACUUGCUCCAGUGGGCUAUAGAUUAUUUACAACAACAUGCUAAAGAAACUAGAAUUUAUGGGAAUUAUCAAAUAUCGCUGGAGAUGUUGCGGCAGCUGCCAGCCACGGAACGCAGCUGCUUUUGGCCAUUGCUGCGCUCACCGCUGCUCAUAGUCGAGCUGCUGGUCAUGAAUGCGCGCUUGGAGCUGCUGGAAAGAUUGCUAAAGCCGGCGCGUGCCAAGCUACAACAACAGCCGCCUCAAAGUCCCUGCAGCUAUUGCUUUGAGAAGCGUGGACAUGCCUACGAUGUGCAGAGCAGCGCAGUUGGUGGCGCCGCCAAGCAGCACUUCCAACUGGGCCACAGCCACGCCGAGGCAUUCAUACUGCUCAACUUUAAUGCCUAUCAACAGGAUCAUAUUAUAACCAACGAUUGCAUUGAUUUGUUGCUGCGCAUCUAUUCCAGCAAAGCUUUGGACUAUAACAUAGCCCAGGUGCGUGAGCAGGAGCCUGGCUCUCUUGGCACCGAUGUGCAAAAUUCCUUGGACUCGCUCUGCGAUGCUUUUCAGCUGCCGAAGCAAGCGCCCACCCGUGAGCAAUGGAUACCCGACGAGCAGGCUAGCCAUUGCAUGUGCUGUCGUCGUUCUGCGUUUACCAUGCUAAUGCGACGUCAUCAUUGUCGUCGCUGUGGACGUGUCGGCUGCUCUGCCUGCUCCUCACAGCGCUUGACCAUACCACAGCUAUAUGGCGAUGUCGAAGUGCGUGUGUGCAAUGAUUGCAACAAUGCUUUGUUGUCGGAACAACAGCAGCAAUUGCCUGCCCAACCCCGCAGCAUGCCACGUGCCAAUUCUAGUGCUUUGGAUGGCUACAAGUGGCGUCUGAGCGGCAUUAUAACGCAUGACAAGCUGCUGCGUGAGGAGUUCUGCUAUGAGCAUGCGCCCAGCGUAGCGCUUUGUUUGUCUAUCUUGCAACAUCAUGUGGAUCAGCGUCAAUGCGUGGAUCUGUUGCUAUUUCACUGCCGCAAGCUUGAAAAGCUGCUUGUGCCAAAUCCAGAAGUGGACUAUGAACUGGUAGCCAAAAUGCUGCAGCUGCUGGCGCUGGCAGCAAAAGUGCGAGGUGCGCCUGCAGAAUUUGAAACCAUACGUGAGCACUCGGAGAUUAUCAUGGCUGUGGUGCAGCAAGGCUGCGAAUCGCUUAUACCAGCUGGACCACUUAACAAUCACAGUCUACGCAAGCUAGCCGAUGCCUUGGUGGAGGCGGAGCACUGGCAAUUAGCGCUAGACGUGCAUUUAAAAUGCGGCUUUGCCACGACGGGAGUAAUGGCAGCACAUGGUUUGGCCUGCCUUCGUGCGGGUUGCUACGAUGCAGCACGUGAAAAGUUUGGGCAUUGCAUGACGCGUUUAUCCAGCGAACAGACAAAUAGUUCCAUCUACAAGCAUAUAUUUGCCAAACUUUUGGAUACCACAGCCACAUGCAGCGUAAAGAAGCGACCACAACGUGGUCCUGCCUUGUUGCAGGAGAUAUUGCAGCUGAUUGCCGCACUGCCACACACACAGCCACAGCCAGAGACACUUAAACGUGCCUCUUUAAUACGCAAUUCGAAUAGCUCACUGGUGUCGUUGUUCUCGCGUCGACGUGAGUUGUAUGUAGCACAAGCGCCGUUGCAUGAGCCCGCUCUGAAUGUCAUCAAUGCCUUGGCGAAUCUCAAGCUUAUAGCUAAAGGAAAUUAUGGUGAACCAGCCGCAGUAAUAACAAACGAAGAAGAGCAACGACAAACGCGCAGCUUUGAGGAAUCUAUCCACUAUGUGCUCAGUUAUGGCAGUCAUGCGGAUAUUUUACAGUUUCUAAUGCAGCAGGAGGAACUGCGUGCUGCACUACGUUAUUGGCAGCUACAUCAACUGGAAGCGGAGCUUUUUAUACAACACAUAUUUCAAGUCUCUGUAGCUGCUGGUCAGCUGCCAACUUUAAUUGAUCAACUACAGCAGCUGGAUAGCGAUGGACACAUGAAUACUUGGCGUCUGCCACUGCUGCAGACCUGUCGCCACUUGGAGCAGCAGCAACAGCUCAAUUCGCUUUAUCAACUGCAACUGCUGCUCAAGGAUCCUGUGCGCGCCAGCAUGACUUGUGUCAAGUUUUAUGCGCUGCAUUGUGACAACUUUCAGAAGUUGCAUGCAAAUUCACAGCAUCUAACCUCAGCACACAUGCAUCUGCAAGGUGAACUGGAUUUGGCGCAGUGGGAGCAUAUGCAGCGGGAGCAGCAGCAACCAGGCAGUCGGCGCGCCAGCACUGUAAGCUACAGCAGCAUCAGCACUUGCUUUGCCAUGCAAAUGGAUGCACGUGCUCUGAACGGACACAUCAAUACCAUACGACGGCAACUAGAGCUGGCCAAGUUUCUGGCCAUUUGUGAGCGUGAACAGCCGCUGGUGGAUGGUUUGCUAUGCACGCUACAGAUACUCAAACAAAUUAGACUGGAGCUAACGCGUGGCAACUUGCCCACGCUUUUUGACGGCACCGCUGAACGCAUACAACUAUGCAUAUUGGUGCUGCUCUGUGGCAAGAAUAUAGAUGAAGGCUUUGGCCUAGCUUACGGCAUCCUGCAGGACUACAAGCUGUCGCCGCAAAAACUCUUUGGUGCCACAGCCAAAUACUUGGCCAAAAAUCAACGACUCUGUGAUGUGGAUCGCCUGCUAGACUGCAUAGCCAGCAAUAAUGGCAGCAACAGCGCGGCUGAUGCAGAUGAGCUGUUGUCCAUUGCCAUUAAUGCUGCCGUAAAUACCAACGAGCCGGAGGUAAAACAGGCAUUGGAUAAACUGGUCAAGCGUAUUAGCAAUGUGGAGCUGCGCAUAUCGUCCUAUAUAUUUAUUGGCCAACUAAAAUCGGCAUAUUUGUUGGCCAACAAGCAUGAACGCUUGGCAGACAUACGCAAGAUCUUAAGGCAAGCCGAGAUGACCAAUCAGUUGCACAUUAAGCGCUUGUGCGAAAAGAAACUUAAUAUGCAUACCGCAACAAUGUCCCCAAUGCCACUGUGAUAACAUUUAUAU